AUGUCUGACCGUAUUUCCCGCUGGUGGGUCGACGGUAAAGAAGGCAGCAAGCUCGCCCCACGGCAAAACUCGCCCUCGUCAGCCGGAGGUCGCGCGCCUUUAUUUCAGUCUGAUGAUCCAUCAGGCAUCAACCAAACUGAGGACGCUUUCACCUACAGGGAGGAGAUCCACCAACUAGCUCUUAAACUUGUAGAGAAUGGAGAACGCUCGCGACCACCAGGGCGUGCCUUGAGCGGUAUACAGAGAAAGGAGACCGAUCAAAUCGUGGCACAGAUCACGGACAUACAGGGCCAACUGAAGGAAAUCCGGGAACAGAACAGCGCACGGGACAGUUACCUGAAGCAGGUGUGGGAUCAUGUGAGGAAGCUAAAUCAAUGGGCGGCGGAGGCCCGGGAGAUCAUUAACGGGAAGAGCUUACCAUCACCUGACGAGGGCGGGUCGUUGGAUGUGUAA